AUGCUUCAGCGUACCAAGUAUAACCGCUUCAGGAAUGAUUCAGUGACAUCAGUUGAUGAUCUUAUUCACAAUUUGUCCAUGAACAGCAAAGUCUCAGCAGUUGCUACGACCUCAACAGCACCUUCAUACCUGGUCUCGCCUGAAGUUCUCCGCAAAGACCAAGAAGAUGGACCCACCACCUUUUGUACCCUCAUCCAUAAGGUGUCCCACUUGAAACUCUCCAACACAGGCAGCCUUUUGGGUAUCAAAAAUCUCUCCUCUGCAGUGAAGGAGCUUGCUGUCUCCAAAUUGCAGGGAAGCUCGAGCGCUUCUAGCUCAGCAGCAGGGGCUUCAGAAAACACAUGUAACCUUGUCUCUGCCACUCCGUGUUCUCAGCAGGACAUGAGCAAGAUGAGUACAGGAAAAAAAACACGGUCAGAGGAAAUGCACCUGGGAGGUGAAGACUGGAAUCAAAGUAGCAGCUUUGUCAAUAAACCCUCCCGAGGGUGGCUGCAUUCAAAUGAGAAGAUCCUGGGACCUGGUGUGACGUACAUUGUGAAGUACUUGGGGUGUAUAGAGGUCUUACGCUCAAUGAGAUCUCUUGACUUCAAUACAAGAACACAGAUUACAAGGGAAGCAAUCAGCCGUGUUUGUGAAGCAGUACCUGGAGCCAAAGCAGCCUUCAAAAAAAGAAAGCCACCAAGCAAAGUUCUCUCUAGCGUCUUGGGAAAGAGCAAUCUUCAGUUUGCAGGAAUGAACAUAACUCUAAAUAUAUCCACCACCAGCUUAAAUCUAAUGACUCCUGAUUCAAAACAGAUCAUAGCAAAUCAUCAUAUGCAGUCUAUUUCCUUUGCCUCUGGAGGUGAUCCGGAUACAACAGACUAUGUUGCAUAUGUAGCUAAGGACCCUGUUAAUCGCAGAGCGUGCCAUAUACUGGAAUGCUGUGAUGACCUGGCCCAGGAUAUUAUCAGCACCAUAGGGCAAGCAUUUGAACUUCGAUUUAAGCAAUAUUUACGGUGUCCCUCUAAGAUACCUGCUCUCCAUGAUAGGAUGCAGAGUUUUGAUGAACCUUGGAUGGAGGAAAAUGGAGAGCCAGCAGAACAUCCCUAUUACAACAGCAUUCCUAAUAAAAUGCCUCCUACUGGUGGCUUUAUUGAUGCUAGAUUCAAAACUAGGAUCCCAAAUGCCGCAGAGACUGCUCAGGUCACAGGAAGAGAACAAACAUAUUACCAGAGUCGACACUUCGGAGACAAAUUCAGUGAAGACUGGCAGCAUGCUCCUGUUAAACAAGGGUCCUUGGACAUUUACAGCGUGCCAGAAGGGAAGCCUCAGGUAACCCCAACAGGAGAGGUGCCAGCUUAUGUGAACACCCAACAUAUAAACAUGGAAGCUCUACUUGCACUUCAGGCAGAUGCUGAAAGUGCAUUCAGUGGAACAAAAGAGUGUACCAAAGACAGCAGUCCAAGAAAAGAUCUGUUUGAUAUGAAACCUUUUGAAGAUGCUCUCAAGAACCAGGCCACUGUGCCUGCGCUGAAUAAGGCUCCCUCGGUCGAGUGUACCAGUCCUCCAUUACCCAGAGCAGCUAACUGCACUAUAAUGAACGAGCUGAAUACAGAGCCUUGGUAUCAAGGAGAGAUGAGUAGGAAAGAAGCAGAACAGCUGUUAAAGAAAUGUGGAGACUUCCUGGUCAGGAAAAGCACCACAAAUCCAGGCUCCUAUGUGCUGACUGGUAUGCACAAUAGACAAGCCAAACAUCUUCUUUUAGUGGAUCCGGAAGGAACUGUUCGUACAAAGGAUCGUGUAUUUGACAGCAUAAGCCAUCUCAUCAACCAUCAUCUUGAGAACAAUUUGCCAAUAGUUUCCGCUGGAAGUGAACUCUGCCUCCAGCAGCCAGUUGAGAGGAAACAGUGA